AUGCCUGCCCUUAUCAGCCGCCAAAUUCCCUCCCCGAGAUCUAUCAACUCGGUUGAGAACGGCACCAAGGUGACCACCACCAGUUCCUGCGGCCUUCUCGUGAAUGCAGCCCGCAAGGGUAACGUCGACAUCAUCAGGUUCCUGAUCUAUCUCGGCGCCGACGUCAAUGAAUCUUACGACGGCGUCACUCCACUGCUCGCGGCAGCCGUAGCCGGCCAGGAAGCCGCCAUGAUGCAGCUCCUUGAGAAUGGGGCGAGCCCCACAGCUCGUGAUAAGGAAGGCUGCACCAUCUUCAAGCUCCUCCUUGACAACGGUCACUACGACCUUGCGGAGAUGCUCAUUGAGAAGUACCCCGAUCUCACCGUGACGGACCCUCGUCUGCCUCAAGGCGAGAAAUGGCUCCGGGAGCAGUUCAAAGAGAUCUCGGACAAUGUUAAGGAUCCCAAGAGCAAGCCUAAUGAGGAAGUCCUAGAGUAUCUCAUAUCCGGUGACCUCCCUCGUGAGGAGAAUCGCUCUGUCUCUGACAUCUACUGGGAGCAUAUCCUGCUGCGUUAUAUCGGUGACGUUCCACUGGACAUCAAGCGGAACUACUCUCGCUCCCUGCAUCUGUCGCUGAUGGGCACUUUCAACGAAUUCUUCACUGGACAUGAGGGCAUCAAGGAGUCGGCUAGGCUGCUUAAUAGUAAGUUGCCUACCACUGCUUAUACCAUCGAGGGCACUGUGGUAGAAGGAGAUGGGGGAUGGGUCACAGAGCGAUGGAGCUACCGUGAUGCCUAUGGCAUCAAUGUCAGAGACGGUAUAGAUUCGUUCUUGAUUGAUAGUGAGAAGGGAAAGAUUAUGGUGAAGAUGAUCAACUAUAAUGUUGAAAAGAACACCAAGUCUUAG